AUGGCAGCUGGCGAAGACAAGCGGGUGCUGCCGCGGCUCCCCGACCUCUUCGAAACCGGCAGGCAGCUGCUGGAAGAAGUGGAAGCAGCGACCGAACCCACCGGCUCCCGGCUAGUCCAGGACAAGGUGUCCAAGGGACUGGACCUUCUUCAGAAGGCUGCCGAAAUGUUAUCGCAGCUCGACUUGUUCAGCCGAAAUGAGGACUUGGACGAGAUUGCUUCCACAGACCUGAGGUACCUGAUGGUGCCAGCGUUUCAAGGAGCUCUCACCAUGAGGCAAGUCGACCCCAGCAAACGUCUAGAUCAUUUGCAGCUAGCUCGAGAACACUUUAUAAACUUCUUAACUCAGUGCCAUUACUAUCACGUGGCAGAGUUUGAGCUGCCCCAAACCAAGAGCAACUCCGCUGAGAAUAACCCUGCUGGUUCCUCCGUCGCCUGUCCUAGCCUCGUUGGUAUGGCAUCUCAAAGACAGGCUAAAAUAGAGAGAUACAGGCAGAAGAAGGAGGUGGAGCAGAGGUUGUCUGCACUGAAAUCUGCUGUGGAAAUUGGUCGAGCAGAUGAUGAGUGUGUUCGAGAAUAUUACCUCCUUUACCUCCGGAGGUGGAUUAGUAUCUGCAUUGAAGAGAUUGAGAGCAUUGACCAGGAAAUAAUGAUCCUGAGAGAAAAAGAUUCUUCAAAAGAGGCAUCAACUUCUCACUCAUCUCUCCAGGAGAGGCCUCCAGUGAAACCCUUUAUUCUCACUCGAAACAGGGCUCAAGCCAAAGUAUUUGGAGCUGGUUAUCCAAGCCUGGCAUCCAUGACAGUGAGUGACUGGUAUGAUCAGCAUCAGAAAUGUGGAGCAUUACCGGAUCAGGGAACAGCCAUGACAACAUCAGAGUUCGGAAGAGCAGCCCAGCAACAGGAAGAACAAGAACAAAAGGAAGAAGACGAUGAUGACCAAACACUCCACAGAGCUCGGGAAUGGGACGACUGGAAGGACACCCAUCCAAGGGGCUACGGCAACCGACAAAACAUGGGAUAA